CACAAAUUAUCAACCAACAGUCAUCAUCCCACUGGCCACACAUCGAUGAACCCGUGUGUCAACCCAUCUCCCUGGGCCGCCACCUCUUGCCCUUUUCCAUCCACUUGCGUGUGUGUGUUUCAUCGUCUUCCACCUCGCUCUCCCCCUCCCACCCUCCCUCCUCCCUCUCAGGCAUCUCCUUGAGCUUCCCUCGCUUAAACGCGUCACUCAGCCUCUGCGUGUGGGGCCACAGGUCGGUCGUGCUGUAGUGCACGACGUGAUGGAACUGCUUCUGAAGGGGCAGGGAGACGCCGUCGGAUGCCUCGCCGCUGAAGAGCUCCUCUACAGGCGUCAGCUCGGUGGGCGGCAGCUCGAGCAUCUCGGUGUCGUGAUCGAUCGACCAGGGAGCCAUGAUAUAGUAGAUGCCUCUCUUCAACGACUCCUCUGGUGCGACGGGCAAGGAUGAGAAUGAGUGUCACAUGCGCUGCGUCGUGUGUGUACCUCCUGUGGCGGCCUUCUUCAGCGUGCCUUUCGCCUUGGCCAGGUGGGGAGCAGACAGGGCAACAAAGUGGGACAGUGCACACACUGACCGGCCCACGAUGACAUCGAAACGGGCCCGCUCGUCCAGCUUCUCUAUUGACACAUUGGUCACCGUGACGUUGGCCAGCCCUGCAGCACACACUACACGAUAGUGACUGCCUGCCUAUGCGUCUUCUCCUCCAUCCUUCUUACGCAGGGGAUGUAUGACUUUGUUGAGCACUUGGGAUGCGAAGAGUGAGGCGUCGAUGCAGUGCACUCGAAGCUCAGGAUACACUAUGGCCAGCGGUAUGCCUGGGAAGCCACAGCCACUACCUGCAAACAGCACCCCGGCCAUCCAGGCAGUCAGGCAGACAGGACAGCACGCCAGGACGCCAGGACGCCUUCAUCUCACCUACGUCCAAUAGAGUGACGGGCGGCUUCCUGCCCACAAACUGCUGCAAGUUCAUGGCUCGUGUCAGGGCCAGCGACAGCAGCAGAUGCCGUGUUUCGAGCCUCCUGAGGUCAGCCGGACUCAUAGACGGCUUGCCCUGCUCCUUCAGCUGCGCAUUCACCUCCCGCACUCGGCUGCAGAAGAGCUCCAGACGCGGCCAAUCCCAGCUGUAGCUCUCACCAACUGACAACAGACAGACAGACACAGGUCCACUGGUUGUGACAGUGAGGUGUGCGACGUUUCUGCCUCUGUCUGUGGCUCACAGAAGUGACGCACGAAGUCCAGGUGUCGUCUGCUGCUCUCCAGCGCGUCUGUUGAGGCAACAUCCCUUCUCCGCUGCCGUGCUGUCACUGUCUGCCGGAGCCUCUGUCGCCACUCAUCGGCAUCGACACUGGAUCUUGCUGCGGUGUCGGAGCUGUCAGACGAGCUUGAGGCAGCGAAGCCGCGGCAGCUUGACAGUCGAAUGAGGGGAUGAGGGAUGGCGCCUAGAGAUAGAGGCGCCUGGGCGGGACGAGCACGACGGAGCAAUGGCAUUCAGGACGACGGCGCAUCGGUAACAGAACAAGACGAACAAGCGUUGCUUUCGAUAGAUCUGCAGAUGCGCAUGGCGCUGCAGUUAUC